AUGUACCCUGGUGUCGAAACGAUCGCCUUGGACAACGAACCUGUCUUCGCUUACUUUGACGACAAAGACCCGCAGAGUGGGCUCGUCGUCUAUCAGCAUUUUGAACAACACCUGCGAAAUGAAGGGCCAUACGACGGCGUAAUUGCAUUCAGUCAGGCGGCAACGAUGAUCCUGACAUACCUGAUAUAUGUUUUCAGCAGAAGGAACCGAGGAGACGAAGUUGACUGCCCGUUCAGAUUCGCUGUACUUUUCUCGAUUGUCCGGCCGCCAAUUGACUAUGAAGAAUUACAGAGGGGAAGGUUUGUAGAGGUGGACUUGGGUGAUGUCAAGGAUAUUGUCGAGAUCCCCACGGUCCAUGUAUGGGGUGCACUGGAAGAGAGUGCCAGCCAAGCAGCCAUGGCAAGCGACGCCUGCAGGUCAGAUAUGAAAUGGACGUAUGUUCACGAUCGAGGGCAUGAAAUUCCAGGCUCUGGGAGCAAAGAUGCGGUGACAAAAACAGCAAAUGCGAUACGAAGGGCAAUAGAGACUGCGUCGGAUCAUCUCGCUAUUAAACAGUAG